UAUCAGCUGCCAAUGGUAGCAUGCACACCACAAUGAUCUUUCUUUCUACGUCCAAUAAAUCGCAUAAACUAAGCAACUGCUUGGACAAAAGAUUUUGUGAAGUUCCCUGUCCCUCCCUUUCUUUCUUUCUUUCUUUCUCUGUUUUUCCUUCUUUGGGAGAAGGAAGCUAGAGCGCAGCAAUGGAGAAGAUGGAAGAGCCUGCAGCUUCAGGACAAAGGGAAGUCCUGACUACCCACCAACACUCUCCUAAAAGAAGAAAAGGUGGCCUCAUUACCAUGCCAUUCAUUAUAGCAAAUGAGGCCUUUGAGAAGGUGGCAAGCUAUGGACUUGUACCAAACUUGAUAUUCUACUUGAUUAAAGAUUAUCACAUGGGUGUAGAUCAGGCUACCACCACAAUCUUCCUCUGGAAUGCUGCUACCAAUUUCAUGCCUCUUUUGGGUGCUUUCAUCGCUGAUUCAUGCUUGGGUCGCUUCCUCACCAUUGGCAUGGGUUCCAUCUGCAGUCUCUUGGGGAUGAUCCUCAUGUGGUUAACAGCCACGAUUCCACAUUUAAGGCCCCCUGCUUGCGUCCAAAUGACCCAAACAAGCUGUGAAACCCCAACAGCAGGCCAAAUGGCUGUGCUUGUUUCUUCCAUGAGCUUAGUUUCCAUUGGAGCAGGUGGCAUUAGGCCGUGUUCCCUAGCAUUUGGGGCUGAUCAAUUGGACAACAGAUCUGACCCCAAAAACCAGAGGGUCUUGGAGAGCUACUUUGGCUGGUACUAUGCCUCCACAGCCAUUGCUGUUCUGAUUGCUUUGACAGCAAUUGUUUACAUUCAAGACCAUCAUGGUUGGAGAGUGGGUUAUGGGGUUCCUGCAAUUCUUAUGUUCUUCUCCGCUUUCUUGUUCUUUGUUGCUUCUCCAAUUUACCUCAAGCAGAAAGCAAGCACGAGUUUGUUCACUGGCUUUGCACAAGUUCUUGUGGCUGCUUACAGGAAUAGAAAAGUUCCAUUCCCUCCAAGAGACUCAGAUAGCAAGUAUCAUCACAAGAAGGAUUCAGAAUCCAUCGCACUAACUGAGAAUUUAAGGUUCUUGAACAAGGCUUGCAGUAUUAGAAACCCAGAACAAGAUUUAGCUCCUGAUGGAUCAGCAUCAAACCCGUGGAGUCUUUGCACGGUAGAGAGAGUGGAAGAACUAAAAGUUAUUAUCAGGGUUAUCCCAAUAUGGUCUACAGGGAUUAUGAUGUCGAUAAACGUUAGCCAAAGUUCAUUUCAAUUGCUCCAAGCUAGUUCCAUGGACAGACACCUAACCUCAAAUUUCCAAAUCCCAGCAGGCUCUUUUCCUACGUUCGUAGUCAUCUCCCUAGCAGCAUGGGUUGUUCUCUAUGAUAGAGCAAUACUUCCCUUAGCAUCAAAAAUCAAGGGUAAGCCAGUGAGGCUUGGUGUUAAACUAAGGAUGGGAGUUGGUCUAUUCCUAUCUUGCGUUGCUAUGGUGGUUGCGGGAAUUGUUGAGAACAUUCGACGAAGAAAAGCAAUCCGGGAAGGGUACUUAAACAAUCCUCAAGCUGUGUUGGACAUGUCUGCACUAUGGCUUGUACCACAGUUUUGCUUGAAUGGCUUAGCAGAAGCAUUUAAUGCCAUAGGCCAAACAGAGUUCUAUUACUCAGAGUUUCCCAAGAACCUCUCAAGUAUUGCUGGUGCUCUAUUUGGACUAGGAAUGGCAGUGGCAAACUUGUUGGCAACUGUUAUUCUGAGUGCUGUUGAUCACCUUACUUCAAAAGGAGGCAAAGAUGGAUGGGUUCCGAAUAAUAUUAACAAGGGUCAUUAUGACAACUACUACUGGCUUCUGGCGAUUAUGAGUUCUAUUAAUCUGCUAUAUUUUCUGUUCUGCAGUUGGGCUUAUGGUCCUUGCAAGGAACAAGUGACAAAGGUUAGGGAUGAAGGGAAUGGUUUUAACAAGGAGGAACAGGAAAUGCCUAUUCUAGGGACUAUGAUUUAAGAAGAAGGUAAGUUUCAUGAAGGAGAAGAGUUAUCAAGAGUUUAAUAUUUGGAUUUCUUGGCUUGAUUUGAGUGUAGCCAUUUGUGUGAUUGUUGUGUGAUAGUGAGAAUUAAUUAAGCAAACUAUCAUUUUUGUAAUUAUUUCAAAGCUCUUCCUCCCUUUUGAAGCCCACUUGCACAUGGCAUGGGUAUUCUCUAUGAGUCUUAUGUAUGAGUUACAUAAUUAAUUAUAUGUUUUUAUAUUAUACUUCAAAAUACAAA